AAGCCAGAAGCCAGAGAGCUCGGCAGCACACGACGCCUCCUAACUCGGUUAUCUAUUCCGCUUCUCACUGAGUCACCAACUCACCGAUUCAAAAGUCUCUCUCUCUCUCUCUCUCUCUCUCUGCUUUGUUGAGAUUCAUAGAAAUGGGUGGUGCGAAGGAGAACUCAGGGCGAGUAAUCGAGAUCAACGGCUUGAGAUUCACCUACCCGGGGAUCGACGGCCAUCCUCCGCCGGGCUCCAAGCCUCUGAUCGACGACUUCAAUCUCUCCCUCAACGCCGGAGACCGAUGCCUUCUCGUCGGAUCCAAUGGCGCCGGCAAAACUACGAUUUUGAAGAUAUUGGGAGGGAAGCACAUGGUGGAACCGCACAUGGUUCGUGUUCUCGGACGGUCGGCGUUCCACGACACCGCUCUGACUUCCUCCGGCGAUCUUUCUUAUCUCGGCGGAGAGUGGAGACGUGAAGUUGCUUUUGCAGGUUUUGAUGUUCCAAUUCAAAUGGAUGUUUCUGCGGAGAAAUUGAUUUUUGGGGUUGCAGGGAUUGAUCCUCAAAGAAGAGCUGAGCUGAUCAAGGUACUAGAUGUCGAUCUGUCAUGGAGGAUGCACAAAGUGUCCGACGGCCAGAGAAGGAGGGUGCAAAUAUGCAUGGGUCUCCUCAAGCCAUUUAAGGUUCUUCUUCUUGAUGAGAUUACAGUUGACCUUGAUGUUCUAGCGAGGGCCAAUCUUUUGAGGUUUCUAAUAAAGGAAUGUGAAGAGCGAGGUGCCACAAUCAUUUAUGCAACACAUAUAUUUGAUGGUCUGGAGGAAUGGCCAUCACAUAUUGUUUAUGUGGCUAAUGGGAAGUUGCAAUUAGCAAUGCCUAUGGAUAAAGUUAAGGAGAUAAGCAAAUUAUCAUUAAUGAGAACAGUUGAGAGUUGGCUGAGAAAAGAACGAGAUGAGGAGAGGAAGAGAAGGAGAGAAAGAAAGGAAAGCGGUCUUCCCGAAUUUGAAAACCAAAUCGAGGGAAGCCGUGUUACUGGGGACCCAGCUCGUAGCACUGUACGUCCACUUAAUAAUGGUUGGGCUGGAGGAAGACUGCACUCCACCAUUGCUGGAGAAGAGAACUUUCUGUUCAGCUCGAACAGAGUCUUGAGACAGUAAGAUAUACAAAUGAAAUUCAAAGAGCAUUUUCCAAAUUCCUUGGUAAUAAUACCCCUUGUUAAAUAAUCGACAGAGAAGAAUAUUAUAAGCCUACAAAUCUUCUAUUCUUUUGAGCUGUAAUAGUAAUAAAAUGAGUAGUAAUGAGUUUGCAACUCUUUCAUUGUAAUUUUUUAUGUUCACUUCCUUU